AUGAGCGACUCUCUCAAGGAUGCGCCUUUCCAGGCGGUGCAGGUCGAGGCUCUGGUGAUCAUGAAGAUUGCUAGGCACUGCUCUUCGGCCUUCCCCACGACCGCGACGGGAUCUAUCGUCGGCAUGGACCAGAACGGUCUCCUCGAGAUCACCAACACGUUCCCUUUCCCCACAGUCGAUGGCACCACCGCCGACAGCCACCAGAACGACGCCUCGCAGAUCGCCGCGGCUGCUCCCCGGCAAAAGGCCAACGUCGCGUACCAGAACGAGAUGAUUAGACACCUCAAGGAGGUCAACGUCGAUGCCAACAACGUCGGCUGGUAUACUAGCGCCACUAUGGGCAACUUUGUCAACAUGAGCUUCAUCGAGAACCAGUAUCACUAUCAGAAGGACAACAGCCGGACUGUGGCCCUCGUCUACGAUGCCAGCAAGAGCUCCCAAGGCAACCUUACCCUGCGGGCAUUCCGCUUGACGACCACCUUCAUGAACGCCUACAAGGAGGGCAAGUUCACCACGGAGAACCUGCAAAAGACGAAGCUGUCCUUCCGCGACAUCUUGGCCGAGCUGCCCAUUACCGUUCACAACUCGCACCUCCUCACCACUUUCCUGCACCAGAUGCCCACACGUCCCUCCUCGGACGAGAUCGAGCAGCCCAACUCGCUCGCCGACCUCAAGGAUGCCGAUUCCAGGGUGCCGCUGUACCCUUCCGUCGACACCCUCGACCUCUCCAUCGACCCGUUCCUCGAGAAGACGUGCGACCUGCUCCUUGAGAGCAUCGAGUCCCACUACACGGACCUCAACAACUUCCAGUUCUAUCAAAGACAACUCGGCCGCGAGCAGGCCAAGAUCACGCAGUGGCAGGCGAAGCGCAAGGCCGAGAACGCCCAGCGUACGGUCGCCAAGCAGCCGCUCCUGCCCGAGGACGAGUGGCAGCGACUGUUCAAGCUGCCCCAGGAGCCUAGCCGGCUGGAGGGCAUGCUCAACGCGAAGCAGGUGGAUCAGUAUAGCAAGCAGGUGGAUGGUUUCACUGCCAACGUCAGCGCCAAGAUGUUCGCCGUGAGGGAGAACCUGCUGCCCCAGUAA